AUGAGCUUACAAACUGACUUUGGCCCCGAUUCAGGGGGCAGAGUUAAAGGUCUUGUGAUAGUAAAACCUAUAGUAUACGGUAAUGUAGCGCGAUACUUUGGCAAAAAGCGUGAAGAAGAUGGCCAUACACAUCAAUGGACGGUGUAUGUGAAGCCUUAUGCUAACGAGGAUAUGUCCACUUACAUCAAGAAGGUCCACUUUAAACUGCACGAGAGUUAUGCGAACCCCAACAGAGUAGUGACUAAACAACCAUAUGAGCUGACCGAGACAGGUUGGGGGGAGUUCGAGAUAGUUAUCAAGAUCUACUUCCACGAUCCAAAUGAACGACCUGUAGCACUAUACCAUAUUCUUAAGCUCUUCCAGUCGCCAGUUGCGGAUGGAACUCCGCCUGCAGUGGGUCGAGCACUGGUCAGUGAAUCCUAUGAAGAGAUAGUCUUCCAAGAACCGACACAGCUGAUGCAGCAUUUGCUGAACAGUGUCAAACCCAUCACUAAUGGACCCUGGACUCAUGAUACUGAUUUUGAAGAAAAGAAAGAAAAGACAUUACAAAAGAUAAUAGCCGCCCAAACUAAAGUCCGGAGUGAAAUAUCAGAACUAAAGGAGAAGUUACAUUUAGCUAAGGAAACCAUUAAUAAAUUCAAAGAUGAAAUUGCGAAACUACAGAAUAGCAGUGGAGGUGGCAUGUUGACCGGUGUAUAG